UAGAUAAUGAAUAUUCACCCCCGCUGGAGAGGCUAAUUAGACGACUGGAGACUCAAAUCCAGGGCACUCCGUGUGUGCACUUCCUUUUAGCGAGUAGGACUAGCGACACUAACGGUGUUGAAUACAGCAGGAGGACACACAGCAUGCACUCUGGAUGUUCCAUUUGUUUUCCUACAGCUAAGUACACGGUACAUGACUCAGAUUUGAAGGCGGGCGAGGACUGAGUGAAACUUUGUCAUAAAUCCCACGAUCCAUCCAUGUGUAUAAUUUUCUUCAAGUUUGACCCCCGGCCCGCAUCCAAAAAUGCCUACAGGCUAAUUUUGGCUGCAAACCGAGAUGAGUUGUACAACAGGCCGUCCAAAGUUGCAGACUUCUGGGGGAGCAACACUGAGAUCCUCAGCGGCCUGGACCUUGAAUGUGGACGGGAAGGAGGAUCAUGGCUGGGCAUCAGCAAGCGGGGCCACCUGGCUGCAAUCACCAACUACAUGGAUGCGCGUCUCAACCCCGAUGCACAAGGACGAGGAUUUCUGGUGUCUAACUACCUUAUGGACAAGGAUCUGGACAGCUACUCUUACCUAAAGAAGGUGUCAGCAGAAAGCCACUUGUACAAUGGCUUCAACCUCCUCACAGCGGAGUUCAAAGCCAAACAAGACAUUAUGUGUUACUAUGGAAACAGAGGCAGCCCUGAACCCAUCCAUCUAAAACAAGGAAUCUAUGGCUUGAGUAAUUCGCUGCUGGACACUCCAUGGAGGAAACUGCUGAAAGGAAAAAGCCACUUCACCAGCGUAGUUAGCGACCAGUCCCUGUCCCGCGAUGGACUGGUACAAGAGCUGCUCAACGUCCUCUGUAAUGAGGAACUGAACACACCUGAUCCAGUUCUGGAGAGCCAGAGUAAUGGUUACAGCAAGCCCGAGAUCGAGGCUCAGUCCGCAGUGUUUGUUCUCCACCCUCAUUAUGGCACAAGGACCAACACAAUUAUCCUGAUAGACGCAGAGGGUAAUGUGACCUUCACAGAGCGCACCAUGCUCAACUGUGACCCAAGCAAAUGGAGCACCAGUUCUUUCCAGUUCAAACUGCAGGAGUGAAGAAACGAUGGAGGAAACCCACUCUGUGCCUUUCUUCAGCUAGUUGACGCUUGCUGCUUCCUUAACUUUAGCGAUAUGUAUUUCUUGCUUUUGAUUUAAGUUCAAAUACAUCUUUAGAAAAUGUCUGCUAAUUUAAGAUUGCCAAAGAAAAGUACACAUUUUGUAAAGGACCAUUUUUUUUUACCUACAUACAAGACAGCAGGGUUGGGUUGCUUCAAAAAGUCUAAUGUGUGACACAUUGCUGGUAACCUGCUUUGAAAUGCAAUCAAUACCGUCAUGCACAAGAUUAUUUAUUAUUAAAAAUACACUUAAUGCACAAUUUCUGGAAUAGAAUUUGACAUUAUUUUCUGUUUUACAAAUUAGAAAAGAAUUGGGUCAUCAAUAUAUUUCUAUAAAAUGUAUCAUCUUAUUUAAAUGUACAGUAAUUGUCAUAGAUUAGAGUUAUCGCUACUUUUUAAAUGUUGGAUUAUGUCGGUGGUUCUCAAACUGUGGGGCGCACCCCUUUUAGUGGGGCGCAGGUGGAAAUGCAGAAAUACCAUUAUUGAAAACUUCACAUAUUACAAAAGUACACAGACAUAAAACUAAGUUGUUAAUAAAUACACUGAGAAAUGCCUGUACUUUAGUGUAAAUGUUUACUUACACCGUUAGCAGGUUAUGUGAGCAUGCAGACGGCCAAGAUUCUUGGCGGUCGAACAGUCCUUUUUGGGUAGGAAGGUUCCUGACAGUGUGAAAUGACCCGGAAGUAUCUAAGUGGCCGUCAUAAGUGCUGGUCGAAUUCUCUGAACGCAAAUGAAAGGAGCUUCAGUGCUUACUUAUUUAGCUCUGUUAGCAUAGGAAACACUGGACCUUCCUUUAUGGAAGGAAAAGAGAUAAUGCUGCCCCACAAUUCUUUGCGGAGGCAACAUUUAAAGUGUCAUUCGGCCGUUCACGAGAACAAACGAUCAUGGCCAACAAAAGCAGAUCAAGUAAAUAAAGUGUUUCAUAAACUAUUGUCUGCAUAUUCUUAUGGUCAGAUUAUAAUCUGCAUAUAAACCAUAACAACAAAGAGUGAUAUGAGAGAUUGUUAGUGGGAUUGUUUAAUUCAGCAUCUUUGAAACUGAACAAUGAGACAGUACUCUGUGACAAUCUCUUGGUUUCACUUGUAUAUUCUCCUUUCAUUUAUAUUCCAACCUCGUUAAUAAAGUAAUUGGAAUUGA